AUGCAGCUGUUCGUAAAAUCGUUACGUUUUCUACGUAAUGGAAAAUUCUUAACCAGGACAUUAACAACAGAACAAAAUUAUGCGCAGCAAGUGGAAGCUGUACCCUUAAGUUCGGAGCUGUUUGAGGGUCCAAAAACCGAUGCCAAUACAGCGCCUUUGAUAACAAUGCAUGGCCUGUUCGGCUCAAAGCAAAAUUGGCGCGGCAUUAGCAAAGCACUGACCUCCAAAACCGAUCGUCGUAUUUACACGGUGGAUGCACGAAACCAUGGAGACAGUCCACACACAUCGUCUCACAGUUCGGCAGGCAUGUCAGCCGAUGUGAGCAGCUUCCUCAGCACCAACUCCUUGAGCAAGGCUUGCCUGAUGGGCCACAGUAUGGGCGGUCGGACCAUGAUGCACUUUGCUCUGACGUAUCCUCAGCUAACCGAUCGUCUCAUUGUUGUGGACAUUUCGCCCAUUUCGAUACCGCGCAGUUUCUAUGAAAUGAAUCGCAUCUUUGAUGCAAUGCUUAAUAUUGCAGUGCCAUCGAAUUUGCCUAUGGCCGAGGGUCGCAAAUUAGUCAAAGAGCAAAUGAAGCAGGCCACAGAUUCUAUGGAGACGGUCGACUUUAUAAUGUUGAAUCUUCGCAAGAAACCAGAUACAGGAGAAUUUGUAUGGGCGUGCAAUGUUCAGACUUUGCAUGACAGCUUACCGCAUUUCGGCAAUUACGAAUCGGAACUGCAAAACUUGAAGCCCUACAAUGGACCCACAACUUUUAUUUGUGGCACGCGCUCGCCAUUUAUGUCACCAGAUCAUUGGCCACAGGUGCUCAAAUACUUCCCCAAUGCCGAGAUUCAUUGGCUCGACGCUGGACAUCUCGUACACUUCGAGCAGCCGCAGAAAUUUAUACAAAUUGUUGCGGAUUUUCUGAACAAAAAGUGAUGCUCUUCUGACUAUGUGAAUAAGUUCCAAAGAAAGUCGAAAUAUUAAAUUGCAAAUUUUAAAUAUCAA